AUGUUCUCAAUCGAUCUCAUCCAACAAAUUAAGGAAUGGAAGAGAGGCUCAACACUACCAAUCUGCCUUGGCUGCGAUGUCGGUGGCUCUGGUCUCCGCGUAAGACUCUCUGAUUUCCACGAUUCUGCUAAAUACGUUGAUCUUGGCCAUGCAAAGGCUCAGAAGACAGCAGAACUUCUUAAGGUUCUCGAAGACCUUCAGCAGAAGAUCUUACAAGUCGAACCAACAACUGUUUGCCUUGGUGCUGCUAUCGCUGUUGCAGGCCCAAUCAAAAACAACACAGUUAUCUUAACAAACUGGAAGGGCCCAGCUGAGGAGCGCACACUCUCCAUCACACAACUUCCAAAGGGCCUCUUCCCAAAGGAUCGCUCAUAUUUCCUUAACGAUCUCGAAGCUGGCGCUUAUGGUGUUAUCGCCGCUUAUGAGCAGAGCAUCCUCGAAGAGAACUUCGUCCAACUCUUCACAGAUCGUGCCCCAACAGGCCCAAUUCUUGCUAAGGGCAGAACAGCAGUUCUUGCUAUGGGCUCUGGCCUUGGUGCUGCUCUUGUCACACGCACACCACUCCUCAAGAACCCAUUAGUUCUCCCAACAGAACUCGGCCACCUCCAAAUUGCUCCAAACAUGGCUACACACAAGUACUUCCAGGACGAACAAGAACUCAUCCAGCACAUUUCCGACCACUACUAUGGCGGAAAGCUUGACCCAGAGUACGAAGAUAUCUGCUCUGGCCGUGGUCUCCAACUCGCCUUCCAGUUCUACCACAAGAAGCUCACAGGCGAAGUCUUACCACUCGAACAAAUCGAUGCUGGUGAUGUUGCUAAGAAGGCCAUCGCUGGCGAGAAGGAUGCUUACAACGCUCUCCGCGCUCACUACAUCUUCUACUUAAGAGCUGCUAAGGCUAUCGCUACAUCCCUCUCCUGCGAGUCUUGCGUUCUUUCCCUUGAUAACCAAGUCAAGAACCACCCAUUCGUUAUGAAAAUCGCUAAGGAGCUCGAAGAAGAGUUUUACGAACUCAUCCGCCCAGACUGGAUGACAUCAGUCCGUGUCUACUCUCAGAAGUCCAUCCUCAACUUCAACAUUCUCGGCACAGACUACAUGGCACAUGCUAUUGCCAACAAGCCACAGUAA